CCCGCCCCGCGGAGGCCCCGCGCGCCGCCCGCACCACGCGCCGGCUCGGGGCGCCGCCGCUCCGCCGCCCGCCGCCGCAGGGGCCCCGGCGCCCGCCCCGCUCCGCCCCGCCGCGGCCGCCUCGCCGGGCAGCGCCGCCCGCCCCGCACAUGCGGCCGCCCCCGCCGCCGCGCCGCGCACCGCCGCAGCCCGCUGAGCGCGGCCCCAUGCCGCGGGGCCGCCGCCCGCCGCGGGGCUCUCCCGGCGGCCGGCGCCGGGGCAACUUCCAGGUAUGUAACACAAUUGAUGUGGUUUAUAAACCCCAGCUUCUGCAAACGACAGUUCUGCGUUUAAGGAAGUUGCCCUAGUGGGGGCAUAUAUCCCCCAGGGCGCCUAUCAGACAGGAGGAGAACCCUGCCACAUGCAUAUCAUUAUUUUCUCUGAUCAACCUCUCUGUACCCACUGGAAACCAAGACCUCUGCAUUUGAGAUAGGAGAAGCCUCCCAAAGUGACAAACAUGCCAAGUAGAGCUCCUGGAUGAGGGAACAGCCCUUGCCAGUCAGUUCUACCCAACAGGACCAAACCAGCUUUACUGACCAUAUUCAGCCACUACUGUUUGCCUUCCAGUUAUCUCACCAACCUGAAAUACUUUCAAGCUUCAAUCACUACUUUUCUUCCAAAGCUGAAAAGGCCAAACACUCAGUAAACCGAAAUAUCUGUUCUUUGUUCCAGAAGACACUUGCAGAAGUGGCAAAGUGAUGUGAAGUUAGCUUCCAAGAUGACUCUUCUACCGGGAGAAAAUUCCGAUUAUGACUAUAGUGCCCUGAGCUGUGCUUCAGAUACUUCCUUCAACCACACGUUCUUUCCAGAAACAGAAACCCUUAAGGGAGUCUUUUACCAAAGAGCCAGACUAAUUCACCCUGAAGAGGAUCUCCUGAAAGGCAUUCACUCGGAUGAUCGGAAGCAUCAUAUUAUAAUAAAUGUAGGGGGCAUUAAGUAUUUGCUCCCAUGGACCACGCUUGAUGAAUUCCCAUUGACACGUCUGGGCCAACUGAAAUUCUGUAACAAUUUUGAUGACAUUCUAAACAUCUGUGAUGAUUAUGAUGUGACAUGUAAUGAAUUCUUUUUCGACCGCAACCCAGGAGCAUUCAGGACAAUCCUGACCUUUUUGCGCGUUGGAAAACUUCGGCUCUUGCGUGAGAUGUGUGCACUGUCCUUCCAGGAGGAGCUGCUCUACUGGGGAAUUGAGGAAGACAACUUGGACUGGUGUUGUAAAAGGAGAUACCUGCAAAAAAUGGAGGAGCUUACAGAAAUAAAUGAAAGGGAGGAUGAUCUCCUAGAAAAUGAAACUCCAGGUGAAACAGUGGAGGAGACAAAAUUUGGCCUGUGCAUGAAAAAGUUGCAAGACAUGGUGGAAAGGCCCCAGUCUGGCCUCCCUGGGAAAGUGUUUGCUUGUUUGUCUGUUUUAUUUGUAACUAUUACAGCAGUGAACUUGUCCAUCAGCACCAUGCCUGACCUAAGGGAGGAGGAGGAAAGGGGUGAGUGUUCCCAGAUGUGCUACAAUAUUUUCAUUGUGGAGUCCGUCUGCGUGGCGUGGUUUUCGCUGGAGUUCCUGCUAAGGUUCAUCCAGGCAAAGAGCAAGUUUGCCUUUUUGAGGCGGCCCUUAACCCUGAUAGACAUAAUAGCCAUUCUGCCGUAUUACAUCACUUUGCUAGUAGACACCACUUCAGUGGGCUACAAAAAGCCGAGCUCUGGGAGCAUCUACCUGGACAAAGUAGGUCUGGUCCUGCGGAUACUCCGUGCCUUGAGGAUUCUUUACGUCAUGCGGCUGGCCCGGCACUCCCUGGGCCUGCAGACGCUGGGGCUCACGGCUCGCAGGUGCACCCGCGAGUUCGGCCUCCUGCUGCUCUUCCUCUGCGUGGCCAUUGCACUGUUUGCACCGCUGCUGUACGUCAUUGAGAAUGAGAUGGCGGACUCGCAGGAGUUCACCAGCAUCCCUGCGUGCUACUGGUGGGCCGUCAUCACCAUGACCACAGUAGGCUACGGCGACAUGGUUCCCAGGAGCAUUCCCGGCCAGGUGGUGGCACUAAGCAGCAUCCUGAGCGGCAUCCUCCUCAUGGCAUUCCCAGUCACUUCCAUCUUCCACACAUUUUCACGCUCCUACAUUGAGCUAAAGCAAGAACAGGAAAGAAUAAUGUACAGGAGAGCACAAUUCUUAUUAAAAACAAAGUCGCAGAUAAGCAAUGCAUCCCAGGGGAGUGAUAUUUUAUUCCCCAGCAUCUCUUCUGAGACUAGGGACAAUGAAUGAAAUUUAAGUUACUAUUUCUCCUGAUGUCAAGUAAUGUUUUGUUGUAUCAGAUUCCACCUUUUAAUUUGCUUUGGAAGAGUUUUACAAAGGUAACCCUCAUAGUAAAACAAAGAAAAGGGGCUAUUAAGUAGGAACCGAUUUCCUCACACCCCGACCCCCUAAAGCAAAAUGUAUAGUUAGGACAGCUCUCUCUAUGAGAUCAUAGAGCGGGAUUUCGAGACUUAAAAGUUCUCUGGCAAAAAUAAGAACAACAUAUAAUUAUGUACUUGACAGGCUGUGUUGUCAUUUGUAAUACACAUCUUUCAACCAAAUCAGAAUGUAUAUAAUCAUUAAACUGUCCCUUUUUUUGUUCUUAUAUAUAAAUAAUGUAAAUAGAACAAAAGCAAUGGCUAAAUUCUCUCCAAGUAUAAUGCCAUUGAGGAUAAUGGAAAUAGCCCCAUAUAUUUGUCCUAUUGUGCUCUUAAAAAGCAUUAAGCAAGAUUUGUCAUUCACAAAGGCAAAUGUAUCUUUCUUUGUAAGUCAGCCAUAAACAUAAUAGAAAAAAAGAACUGAGCUGUUUCUAUCACAAGUCAACCUUGCUAAAGAUGUAAAUAGUCAUAGCUCACCAGCUUCAAAAUUUAGAUGAAGUUAUGGUGUUGAUCCUAUGUCAUUGAAUACAGUAUUCCCAGGAACAAA